GACAGCUGCUCCCGCGCAAGCGCAGAUAUCUUCAAGAUGGCGGCGGCGGCAGCGGCUGCACGAGCAGUUUCUGUAGGGUCCGGGCUCCGGGCCCUGCCACGAACACUGCCUCUUGUAGUGAUUCUCGGGGCCACGGGCACCGGCAAAUCCACCCUGGCGUUGCAGCUAGGCCAACGGCUCGGUGGCGAAAUCGUCAGCGCUGACUCCAUGCAGGUUUAUGAAGGCCUGGACAUCAUCACCAACAAAGUUUCUGCCCAAGAGCAGAGAAUAUGCCAGCAUCACAUGAUCAGCUUUGUGGAUCCUCUCGUGACAAAUUACACAGUUGUGGACUUCAGGAACAAGGCAACUGCUCUGAUAUCCUUAGGAAAGACAGCGACUAGGCUUGAUAUAUUUGCCCGAGACAAAAUUCCUAUUGUCGUGGGAGGAACCAAUUAUUACAUUGAGUCUCUGCUCUGGAAAGUUCUUGUCAAUACUAAGCCCCAGGAGGUGGGCACUGAGAAGGUGAUUGACCGGAAAGUAGAGCUUGAAAAGGAAGAUGGCCAUGUACUCCACAAACGCCUCAGCCAAGUGGACCCAGAAAUGGCUGCCAAAUUGCACCCACAUGACAAGCGCAAAGUGGCCAGGAGCUUGCAAGUGUUUGAAGAAACGGGAAUCUCUCAUAGUGAAUUUCUUCAUCGUCAACAUGCAGAGGAAGGUGGUGGUCCCCUUGGAGGCCCUCUGAAGUUCCCUAACCUAUGCAUCCUCUGGCUUCAUGCUGACCAGACAGUUCUAGAUGAGCGCUUGGAUAAGAGGGUGGAUGACAUGCUUGCUGCUGGGCUCUUGGAUGAACUAAGAGAUUUUCACAGACGCUAUAAUCAGAAGAAAGUUGCAGAAAAUAGCCAGGACUAUCAACAUGGUAUCUUCCAAUCCAUUGGCUUCAAGGAAUUUCACGAGUACCUGGUCACGGAGGGAAAAUGCACACCAGAGACUAGUAACCAGCUCCUAAAGAAAGGUAUUGAGUCUCUGAAACAAGUGACUAAGAGAUAUGCCCGGAAGCAAAACCGAUGGGUUAAAAACCGUUUUUUGAGCAGACCUGGUCCCAGUGUCCCCCCAGUGUAUGGCUUAGAAGUGUCUGAUGUCUCGAAGUGGGAAGAGUCUGUUCUUGAACCUGCUCUUGAAAUCGUGCAAAGUUUCAUCCAGGGCCACAAGCCUGCAGCUGCUCCAGUAAAGAUGCCAUACAAUGAAACGGAGAACAAGAGAAGUUAUCACAUAUGUGACCUCUGUGAUCGAAUCAUCAUUGGGGACCGUGAAUGGGCAGCACAUAUAAAAUCCAAAUCCCACUUGCACCAACUGAAGAAGAGAAGAAGAUUGGACUUGGAUGCUGUAGCUACCGUAGAAAAUCAGAGUAUUUCUCCAGACCGUGACAAAGAGCUUAAAGAGAAAGGAUCCCCAGGGCAGAAUGAAAAAGAGCUGAAAUCUGGUGUUUAAAGAGACAAGUCCAGUAGCCUUUGCACAGAUACUUUUAUAAAAGAUGACUGAAGUAUUGUGAGCCACAAAUCAGGAGUUCUGGAUUUGGGUGAAUGACAGGAAAGCCCCAGCCCCAGUGAGAUGAGUAAGUGACCUCAACCAGUUCUUGGAAUUCCACUGAGAAGGAGAGAAGGAGGUGGUCAUGACGUGGCACUUGAAAACAAGACUUUAACAUUUGUUGAGGUCCUCCUGUGUGAUAAUUACUAUCACUGCUGUCUUUCUAUUGAGUUAGGAGUCUAUAUUUUUAUUAAAAGUUAAAUAAAGAAAAAGUUUCCAAGAGUCUCUUUAGUCCUUAAAAAAAUGU